UUUCAAUCAAACACACUCUUAAUGUUUUUUCUUCUCAUUGUAGUGGUUUCAGAAACGAGAUAACAAAGCCAUGCUUGAAGCCUUGGAAAAAAUCAAAGCAGAACUGAUGCUACUAGGUUUUAUAUCGUUACUCUUGACAUUUGGUACAUCCUAUAUUGCCAAGAUAUGUGUGCCAAAACAUAUUGGAGAUCAAUGGCAUCCAUGUGAUAAAAAGGAUAAGGGAGAUAAAGAAGAUGGUGAAGAUGAAGAUGGACGUCGAAAAUUGUUGUCUUAUGCUGGAGAAUUAAUUUGGCGUCGAGCUUUGGCAGCUGAAACUGAUGAAACCGACACGUGCUCUAAAAAGGGGAAGGUAUCCUUGAUAUCAUACUCAGGAGUGCACCAACUGCAUAUUUUUAUAUUUGUUCUUGCAGUUAUGCAUGUUCUUUACAGUGUCAUCCUCAUGGGCUUGGGCUAUGCCAAAAUGAAGAAGUGGAAAGCAUGGGAAUUGGAAACAACCUCCUUGGAAUAUGAAUUCACAAAUGAUCCAGCUAGAUUUAGAUUUGCUCAUCAAACAUCCUUUGUGAGGCGACAUGGGGGAAUCAGUAGUACACCUGGGAUUAGAUGGAUUGUAGCAUUUUUCAGACAAUUUUUUGGAUCAAUAUCCAGGGUGGAUUACAUGGCCAUCCGCAAUGGAUUUAUCAAUGGAGCAAUUUCGCUUUUCCUAAUAUUGAGAAGAGAAGCAAAUCAGUUUAGUGGUUUUUCCUGCAGUGUGGCUGAUGGAGGUCUAGUUUGGCAAAGCCACUGGGGAGGUAAAACUCACUCUUAG